CCCCCCCCCCCCCCCCCCCCCCCCCUCUCUCACUCUCCAAACAACACAAAAACCUCCCCUUGUUCUAAUUUCCUAACACCAGCAAAACAGAGUCCUCUGCUUUUACCCUGUUUCUCAGACACCACAAAACAACAAAACCCCUCUAUCUGAAUCCUUAUUUUCCCUACACCCACUUUUUCCUUUCGUUUUCCAGCUCAAAAUUUGAUUACCAUUUUUAAUUUCCUGGAAAUUUCCAGCGUAUAUGGCGACAAUCGUGUGCCAAGGUCUGCAGUCAUGCCUGGAUUCUCCUCACCUUGUGGAGCCAAGAACCCUAAGGCUAAAGCUUUCUGCACCGGUAGCUCAUCACUUCUCUCCAAUUACCCCCCAAGAAUUAGGAAUCAAAGCUUGUUUCUCUGAAGAGAAAUGCAAUAAUUAUGAGGAAAUCAACAGCAAUAAGGGCACCUCCAAAAAAUCUGACAUGGGUGGCUGGAGUUUCCUCCAAGCUAUCUCCAAACCCUCACUAGAAAACCCUACUGCUGAGGUGGACAAAGAAAAUACUUACACCCCUCCUAGGGUUUAUAGGAACUCAUCAGCUACUAAGCUAAAUGAGAAGAGCUUGGAGUUGUGCACUGAAGACUUGGGCUGCGAGACCGGCGCCAUUAUCACAGAAAGCUUCAGCAUUUUCUCACCAAUGUAUGAAUCAGAAUCGAAUGCAGCGGCAAGGGAGCAUCAAAAUAAGCAUAAAUUUUCGGGUGCAAAGAAGGCGAAUAAUGUUCACAAUUUCCCACCUCCAUUGACAACAAUAAGCGGCGAGGAUUCUCUACACUUUAGGCCUCACAGGGAAGAUGGGAGGCUGAUCAUCAAAGCUGUCAAGGCCCCUUUAAGUCAUUCAUGCUUCCAAGCUGAAAGAAGCAAUGGCCGCCUUCGAUUGUGCCUUUCAAAAACCUUUACUCCCAGUUUUGACUCAGAGGAAGAAGCAGCAGCCAUUCAAGAAUACAAUGAAGGGUGUGAAAAUGACAUAAUUGAGGAGGAAACAGAAGAGCAAGAUCAAGAAGUGGUGGGAGAAAAUACAGAAGAAGAAUUGGUAGAACAAUUAGAAGGCGAUAAGGAGGAGGAAGAGGAAGAAGAAGAAGAAGAAGAAGAAGGGAAUAGUUCAAAUGUGUGUUUGAUAGAGGGUGAGGAGGUGGAUGGGAAUAGUUUGAAUGUUAGGGGUAAAGAUGGAAUAGAAAAGUUUGAAAGGCCAAGCAGGUGCAAAGAAGGUGGCGGUGAGUGUGAGAAGAAAGGAUUGUUAAAGUAUUGGGAGCCCUUUUGGGUGGCUACUUAAGUUGGAUUAUUAAUAAUUAAAAGUUUAUUAAGUAUAAUAUUGGAUCUCUCAGCCGUGUAAUCAAAUUUUCACAAUUUUGUGUUUGUCUUUUCUCUCGUUCUAUUCUAUAAAUUUCCUUUUUAGCGUCCAUAA